CACAGUUCGUCGGUGACAACCUGACGAUGCCGAGCUAUAACAUGGAGCAUUAUGUAUAGCUCUGCGCGCAGGCUGCAAGGCUCUUCCUUCUGCUUCUCGCUGCGAUCUUCCCGUUCACCAGCUGCUAGCAUCAGCCCUGCAGCAACCUUUGACAUCAUCUUCAGUCACGGGGUUCGACGCGAUCGUUUGCAUGCGCUAUUAUUGACAAGCGCGUUGUUCUCGCAGCUAGUCUGCGAUAAUUACUUCAUUGCCUCCAGCCUUCGGAUUUGUUGAAGCUGAGCUUUUUGACGCUCUGUCCUCUCGUGGUUGCUAUUUUCUUCAAGCCUCUGUUCUUCGUUACUCUCUCCUCGGCUGGCACGACAACGACUUGCUCCACGACUUUUACACAACGCCACAACACGAUGACCGAGUUACUGCGUAGCGAAUUGAAAGAGAAGAUGGCAGCUUUGAAGAGCCUGUAUGCCAGUCGGCACUACUCACAAUGCGCCAAAUUUGGCGAACUCUUACUGAGCGAGAAACACGACGAGACACAUCCUCUCCACCUAGCCCAUCUGAGCUUCUACACAGCACUUGCCCACGACACACUGGCCAGAGAAGCCACACUAAAGAAUCGCUGGGAGGAGCUUCGCCUAGCAGAAUCGCACUACAACGCCGCCAUUCUCGCUCUUUCGCCACUGCAAUCACCAACCCAGUGCGAUCCAUGGUCCCCAAACUCUUCAACAACGAGCCCUCCAUCCCCGUACCCACGGAGGCGUGGCUCAAUCUACUCGAACAGAAGCGCAGCGUCCAGCGUCACGUCUCUGGGCGAUGAAGACGCGUACCAGACGAGCGCAACCCCUUCACCAAAACGCGAAUCGCGACACGAGCGCAACGACUCGGCAGUCCAAGAGUCGACGGUCUCUCAGACCAGAGCCCACGCUAUGCCCACGUCACCCUCGCGCCCCCAGAGUGCACAGCAAUUCUAUGUCACCGCCAACAUCUCGUCCUUUGUGCGGCUGAUCGAGUCCCACGUGUCGGACGUGCGCGAGCAGAGAAGCAGGACCGCCAGUGUGCCAGCAGUGCAUUUCAUGGUGCCUCCGUCGCGGCGGAGCCCCACGAAAGCUACGGCCAGACAGAGCGGGCCUCUAAGUGAUGACGGGGAGGACAGUGCCAUGAAGGCGAUCAGGGAGAGCAGGAGGAAUGUGAGCUUCAGGCCGAGGUUUGAUCCGACGCGUACGCAGAAACUGUGUAAUGAGGCGCUUGCUGAGCUUGCCGAGUAAGGGUGGUUGGCCCGCGUGUUUAGACGGUGAGAGGGAGGACGGUGAUUUCUUGUACUAUCUGUGCUCAGGGUUGUUUUCUUCACUAGCUGUAUUAGUAUUCGUAAUGUAGCAUGGCACCA